AGCUUAGAUAUUUCUUAUCGGCAACUCUCCCACUCUUGAUCUCUUCCAGUUUAGCGCCGCAGCGAUGGAUGACUCCGAGAAGCAGCAGCGACCUUCACCGGAUGCGGUGGGCGGCAAGGCGGCCCGCGCAUGUUACGGUUGCCUCCGCCACCGGGCGCGGUGGUAUUGCACCGCUCAUCACGCUUUCCUUUGCCAGAUCUGCGACUCCUCCGUGCAUUCCGCCAACCCCCUCGUGCGCCGCCACCAGCGUGUCCGACUCACUACGACGAGUCUGGUUGGUGAGCCGGGCGAGUCGUCCCCGAGUUGGCUCGAGGGAUUCGAGCGCAAGGCACGCACCUCUCGGCCUCAGCACCGCACCAAUAUGAUGGCUGCCGGAGAUUUGCCGGAGCAGCUCGUUGAUGCGUCAGUGGAUGAGGAUGAUGAUGGAGAGCAGGAAGAAGAGCUUUCAUACUGCGUCCCGAUCCGCAAUCCUCUCUUUGCCAGUUUCUGCUCCCCACCACCGGCUCUCGACAAUUCGAACGCUACUUCUUCCGGUGACGACGCCGCCGCCAAGACUUCGGUGGAGUUGUCGGAUAACACUCCGGCCUCCCCUUCUACAAUCAACAAGAUGGACGGGUUCCUUGCGAUGGAUUUGGAGAUUUCCGAGUUCGCGGCGAGAAUAAAAAGCCUCCUUGGUGGCGACCUCGUCGGCGGUGAUGACACGUUUUGCAUGGCAAAUCUCGAGCUGGCGGAGCCAGUGGCUGAGAACACUGGCUUUAGCAUAGAGGACGAUGCCAGGCACGUGAAGAAGGAGCAGCCUGAUCGUGACGAGGAUGAAAGCCAGGGUGAAUUGGAGCUGAAUUUGGAAUGUAGUUUUCCAUUCACCAGAGGAGAAGAAGAAUCCGAAGAAGACGAAGUGGCAGGUACGGCAGUGAAGGUGGAGCAAGGAGCGGAGAAGAAAGCCAAGCUAAGGCUUGACUAUGAGUCAAUUAUCAUGGCAUGGUCGAGCCAAGGCUCUUCCCCAUGGACUGACGGCGAGCGGCCUCAAAUUAAUGUAGACAAUUGCUGGCCCGAUUACAUGGAUAUGUGGACAGGAAGACGAAUGGAGACAGAGCGGGCAUGUCACGGAGGCGAGAUAGGGGUUUACCUCGGGGAUGGAAAGAGGGAGGCGAGGGUGACGAGGUACCGGGAGAAGCGGAGGACGAGGUUGUUCUCGAAGAAAAUACGGUACGAGGUGAGGAAGCUGAACGCCGAGAAGCGGCCGAGGAUGAAGGGCCGCUUUGUGAAGCGAACGCCUGCAGUGGCCUGUGGCCACGGCUAAGUGCUCGACUCUGCACACGGCCUUUUCUUCUUCUUCUUCUUCUUCUUCUUCUUCUUUUGUACAAUUUCUCAUCAUUUUGUGUUUUUCUAGAAAGAAAAUUAGAAUAUAGGCUUCAUAGGUGUUGAUUUGUAGCUUAUGAUGGGAACAAUCCUCAAUUAUGCAGCCUUAAUUAUGAACUA